AUGGAGGACCGCGCGACUUCCACGGCCACGGCGCCGCUGCAGCUGCCCAUCCUGCCUCUGGACGGCAAGGUGCUAUUCCCGCGGACGUAUCUGCGGCUCGCCAUCACGUCGGCGUCGGCGCUGCAGCUGCUCAAGGACUUGGUGUGGGAGGUGCGCGCGCCCAAGAUGUCGCGGCGCUCGGGCGGUGGCGACACGGCGGCCUCCACGUCGCUGACGCUGGCGAUCUUCACGCGCCGCAGCAGCGCAGACGGCGACGCGGACACACACCAGGUGCUGCCCACGACCGCGGAGGCCAAGGACGCCGUCUACAGCGUCGGAACCGUGGCGCGCGUCGUGCAGCUCACGCGUAUGCAAGGAGGCGUGCCCGGCCUCUCGGUGCUGGUGCAAGGUCUGCAUAGAGUGCAGCUGCAAGACGUGGCCCAGACGAGGCCCUAUCUCGUCGGCUCCGUGCAGCGGCUGGUGGCGCCGGUGCCGGUCAAGGGCGCCAAGGCAGAGGAGACGGCGCUGACGCUGGAGCAACUGGCGCUGAGACUCAAGCACUUGACGCAGGAGUAUCUCGAGACGGCCAAGAGUGCGCCGCUGCUGCGUAGGAGCAAUGGGCUCGUGGACGCUAUUGGCAACUCGUCGGCGGGAGAGCUGGCGGACGUGGUGGUGUCGUACCUGAACGUGGGCGUGGACGAGAAGCAGCAAGUUCUGGAAGCUGUACCAGUCGCUCUGCGGUGUGAACUGGCAGUAGCCUUGCUGGAACAAGAAACGGAGAAGGCGAGGCUGCAACGCAAGAUUCAGAGUGAAGUACAGGACAAGUUGGAGGGGACCCGCAAGGAGUUUCUGCUACGACAGCAGCUUGAAGCUAUCAAGAAGGAGCUUGGAGAGGCCGGCGACGAUGGAGCUGCCGGAGAAAACGCUAGUGACUUGAAACUGCUGGAAGACCGGCUGAACGCUCUGAGUCUCGAACCGAAAGCUGCGAAGGUCGCUCAACGUGAGCUCCGCCGUCUUAAAGGCAUGACUGCCAUGCAGCCGGAGUACGGCAUUCUGCACAACUACCUCGAGUUCUUCUCUGAGCUUCCAUGGAACAAUUCCACAGCCGAUUCGCUGCUGGUGGAGCGGGUGCGCAAGCAGCUUGACGCAGACCACUACGGCCUUGACAAGGUCAAAAAGAGGAUCGCCGAGUACAUUGCUGUUCGCAGCCUCAAGCGCGACAUGCGUGGCCCGAUCCUGUGUCUCGUUGGCCCGCCUGGUGUUGGUAAGACGUCACUGGGCCGCUCCAUUGCAACAGCUACGAACCGUAAGUUCGAGCGGGUUGCGCUUGGUGGAGUUCACGAUGAGUCGGAAAUUCGAGGCCACCGAAAGACCUACGUUGGCGCUAUGCCGGGUUGCAUCCUGAAUGCCCUUCGUCAUGCUGAGACUAACAACCCGGUGCUGUUACUGGAUGAGGUGGACAAACUGGGCAAGGACUUCCGAGGUGACCCGGCUAGUGCGCUACUGGAGGUGUUGGACCCCCACCAGAACAACACCUUCACUGAUCACUACCUGAACGUGCCUUUCGAUUUGAGUCGCACGCUCUUCCUAGCUACAGCCAACAGCUUGGACACGAUUCCGGGCCCUCUGCUUGACCGCAUGGAGGUCAUCGAACUCAGUGGAUACAGUGUGGAGCAGAAAGUGGAGAUUGCUCGGCGCUACCUUCUUCCUCAGCAAAUUGAAGCCAACGGUCUGCGAAAAGAUAUGGUGCGCGUGUCAGACAAAGCCCUGCGCUACCUGAUAAUGCGAUACACUCGUGAAGCUGGAGUGCGCGAUUUGGAGCGGCAGGUCGGUGCACUGUGUCGCUAUGUGGCGGUCGAUUUCGUGCGCGAGCUUGAUGAAACCGAGCAAAAGACAGAAAAAGAUGGAGGCAGUGUUGAUCGACUUGCGUCGUUCGACCCGAUCUACAUCGACAAGAAGAUGAUUCGUUCGAUCCUUGGGCCCGAAAUUGUAUUCAACGAGGUUGCUCUGCGCUCUAGUGUACCAGGCGUGGCAACGGGCAUGUCCUGGAGCACAGCUGGAGGCUCUAUUCUCUUCCUUGGCGACGUUAUGAAGGAGUCAGCGCAGCUUGCGCUCUCGUGGUUGCUCGUGAAUGCGCACCUCCUUGACCUGCCGCGACUGGAAGAAAACCUCGCGGAUGCAGGGGGGAUAUCGGGACCGAAUUCGCUGUCGUUAGAUGACAUUUCCGGCGUUCAUAUCCACUUCCCCGAGGGUGCUAUCCCCAAGGACGGUCCAUCUGCUGGCGGUGCCAUCGUAUGCGCAUUGCUAUCGGUGAUUUCAGGUCUCCCUGUUCCUGUCGACAUCGCCAUGACAGGAGAAAUCACUCUACGCGGCGUCAUUCUGCCUGUUGGUGGCAUUCGGGAGAAGGUGCUGGCUGCUAUUCGCGCUGGCAUCAAGCGAGUCAUUUUGCCUCGUGGAAACAAGAACGAGGCGGAGGAGCUACGCAAGGAAUUUGCUGGAGUGUCCACCGACAGCACACGCGAGCGUGUCAACGCCAAGGAUCGGGUUCAGCUGCUGUUCGUGAGCGACCUGCGCGAGCUGAUUCAACUCGUUUUCCACAUGAAAGUGCGUGACGACCCAGGUGUGAGGCGGCUCAAAAGCUGUAGCUCGAGUGGAGGGGUCGACUACUCCGACCCUGUGCUGCUGAGCAUGCUUUAA